UCUCUGAAAUUUGCUAAACAACAAUAGUGAGCCAACAACAUAUAUAUUUGUACAACUUCACCAGCACUAAAGUUUCUCUUCACCCCUUUUUUCUUACUUUCAUUUCAAAUUUCACAAUGUCAAUGGAUCCCAACAACAAUCAUCCAUCUUUCUCUAAGCUACUUCAACAAGGAUAUACCAAUAAAAUACGACUGCCGGGUGCUUUUGUCAAAGAACACAAGAAGAUGUUAGCCAAGACAUGCUUACUGAAAACGGAUGAAGGGCUUUCUUGGGAAGCAAAGAUAGUGAAGGAGACAUCUCAUUACUUCAUGUGUGAAGGAGACUGGCCACGCUUUUUGCAGCAUCAUAAAUUUGUGUCAGGAGACAUGUUGAUCUUCUAUCUCGUUGAGAAAUCAACAUUCCAUGUCAUGCUCUACUCCAAGAAAUCGCUCACGAAUAUUAGACAUUUUGAGGAACUUAGCAGUUCAGACGAAGAGGAAGCUGCAGAGGAAAAAGGGGAGGUAAAAAAUGUUGAAACUUCAAGAAAAGCUAAGAAAGUAAAAAUGGAGCCAGUACAGUUAUCAUAUUUAGAUAAAUCUGAUUCCAAAGCUGAUAACAUGCUUGACGUGGAGAAGAAAGCGAAUGAAGUGAAAAUGGAGCCAGUAAUUCUAUCAGAUUCUGAAGAAGAGAGGGUUGAUCCAUCCAGUGACUGGGGAAAUCCAUGCUAUUGGCAUCCAGGAGGUAAAUCCAACGCCAAAGCUGAUAACAUGCUCGGAGUGAAGAAUAAAGCUCCCGUGAAAAUCUUUAGGGAGCUAAUAGAAUUAUCGGACUCUGAGGAAGAAACUGUUGAUCCAUUCCCUGGCUCCAAAGAGGUGGGAAAUACAUGGUGUUCACAUCCAGGAUAUAAGUUCAAUGACAAAGCUGAUAACAUGAUCAACGUGAAAAAGAAAGCUCUCUGGACUAAAGAAGCGAAAAAGGCUGCCAAGGAUCCUAACAAACAUAAGAUGCCUGCAAGGUGUUCCUUUGUUAAGAGAGGAUGGAAAUCUGCCAGGGAUCCUAAAAAACCCAAGAAACCUGCAGGUGCUUUCUUCCUUUUUAUGAAGGACUUUAGGAAGCAGUUCAAAGAGGAGAAUCCAAAGGAUAUAUCAUUGGCUGCUGGUGGAGAGAAGUGGAAACAGUUGUCUGAUGCUGAAAAAGCUCCUUACAUGGCAGAGGUAAAGAAAAGGAUGGAAGAAUACUAUAAGAACAAGGCUGCUUAUAACAGGCGAGUAGCUGCUGGAGAUUCUGAAGAAGAGGAAUCUUACAAGUCAAAGUCCGAGGUUGAUGAGGAAGAGGGAGGUGAUGAUUGAAGAAGUUUUUAAUGGAUGAAGAAAUUGGGAAGGAAGCCUGUGUAAUAUCUUCUAUGCAUGGCUUCUUCUUUUUACCGCACAAUACUUGCAAAUUUUUGCUUUUAUAUUUGGGGGUUAAAUAUGAAAUUAGAACAGUUUCUUGCAUAUAUGCUUAAUCAUAACUCAGCUAGGUAUCUGUCCUUCAUGAUUGGCUAGUAUAUGGAUUCCAUCUAAUUUGUCUCUUGCUAAUUGUCUAGUUUGUUGGUAAGAUAAUUUUGUUUUUGAUA